AUGUCAGAAGCAGAUUCCCGGUUCCAGCACUAUGAUAACGACAGAAGCAAGACUUUCAGUGAAACAGUCCAGAAGUAUAGAUGGCAGACAGGCAGACAUCCUCCGCCCGGCUUCAAGGAAUGGUAUCAGUUUGCGAGGAGGAAAGGCGUAUACAACAUCGACGAUUUUGCUCAAAUUAAUGACGACCUGAGACCAUUCUGGGCCAUACCACCCGCAGAGAUUCGAAGCUUUGCAGCGCAUUCAUCGGAUGAGUGGCCCGAUCUGAUAGCGACCAUUUCUCUGCGCAAUGGCCAGGUCUUUCAGGAAGAGUGGGGUUGGCGCAGCGAGACAUUUAUCAAAAUGCUCAAGCAGGUUGCGAAAUACCUCCCGGAUAUGGAUAUACCGAUCAAUCGUAUGGACCAGCCUCGCGUCAUUGUCCCUUGGGAGGAUUUGCAAGCAUACUUGAAAAUUGAAGAGGAGAGUCGAAGUUUAGAUGAGCAAGGCGUUGAGGACGCUUUCACAAAAGGGAUGUCAGGUCUUUUCAUCCCACGAUUUCAAGUUCCAGAGCCGCAGUGGCUAAAUCGAUGGAAUCCUUUUGUCUUUCCGAACCAUCGUGUGAGCACAGCUGCUGACCCUCGCCCGGAUUAUGGCUGGUUCAAUUUCGCUGGCGGACGGUUCAUGGACCUUGCCGCAAAGGCUUGCCCGCCUGGUUCGUAUGCAACGGAUCCAGGAUCUGAAGUGCGUUUCAAGGAAGCCGAGGAGCUGUACAAGCACGAUCAAGGCGGCUUCAUCACAAACUUCAACAUUUCUUCAGACCUGUGCACAGUCGGUCCACAACUAGCGAAUCUUCACGGUAUGCUGUAUGCCAGCACGUCUAUGCUUGUGACCCACAAACUGGUGCCCAUCUUUGGCGAAUGUCGAACGAAUGUCAACAAUGAUAUACUCUUCCCGGCAAACAUGUACUGGAAGCGCGAUAAACGUUACAACUACAAUGACCAACAUGACAUUAACUGGGACGAUAAGGAUGACACUAUGAUCUGGCGCGGUGUCACCAGCGGAGGCAACACUGUUCAUGAUGAUCCUGAGCGGUGGAGAAACAUGCAUCGACAGCGUCUUGUUCUGAUGACGAACAGUACCGAGCUUGGAAAUUCGAAGACGGAUGUGCUCGCCAACGAUGGUCGCGAGAAAUCUCGAUACACAAUACAACAAUUCACACCCGCGAACUUCGCCCAUGACCACUUCGAUGUUGGCUUCACUGAGAAAGUCGCCUGCAUACCCAACUGCGAUUUCUAUAACUCAUCGCUGACAAUACUCAACCCAACCAGCUUUGCCGACACGUUCCGUUCGAAAUACCUCAUCGAUGUCGACGGGCAUUCUUUUUCGGGCAGAUGGCGAGCAUUCCUCCAGUCUCGUUCCCUGGGUGUUAAAGCUACGAUAUUUCGUGAAUGGCAUGACAGCCGACUCUUCGCGUGGCGUCACUUCGUGCCAAUGGACAAUCGCUAUGAUGAUCUGUAUAGCUUGCUGCUCUAUUUCAUCGGCAUCAAGCCUUCGGACCAAGAUCCAGCCAAUAAAGUCACGGUCUGGAGCCAUGACUUUGAGGCAAUGAAGCUGGCUAGACAGGGUCGCGAGUGGGCAGCCAAGGUUCUGAGGCCUGAAGACAUCGAGGUCUACUUGCUACGGCUGCUGCUUGAAUAUGGUCGUAUUAUUGACGACAAUCGAGACAGAAUUGGGAUAAUUGGUGACGGUGGAGAAGAGAUGAAAGCAUUCGACAUUCGCGUGCCUGCAGUGCCGUGA